UGAUGAGCGUUUCUCUUUAGGAUCCACAGAUGGAGUCAGUGGAAAAGACAGCAACUCGAAGUGAGCGGAAGUCCAGAAAGUUCCUGAAGAGCCUCGUCCGGAAGCAGCCGCAGGAGCUGCUGCUGGUCAUUGGGACGGGGGUCAGUGCGGCGGUGGCCCCCGGCAUCCCGGCGCUGUGCUCGUGGCGGAGCUGCAUCGAGGCCGUCAUCGAGGCCGCGGAGCAGCUGGAGGUGCUGCACCCGGGCGAUGUCGCCGAGUUCCGCAGGAAGGUGACGAAGGACCGGGACCUGCUGGUGGUGGCCCAUGACCUGAUCCGGAAGAUGUCCCCUCGCACGGGCGACACCAAGCCCAACUUCUUCCAGGACUGCCUGAUGGAGGUCUUCGACAGCCUGGAGCAGCACAUCCAGAACCCCGCGGUGCUGCAGGCCAUCCUUGGCCUUAUGGACAGGGGCACUAUGGUGCUGACCACCAACUACGACAACCUGCUGGAGCUGUUUGGACAGCAGCAGAGCAAGCCCAUGGAGUCUCUGGACCUUAAGGACAAGACCAAGGUCCUGCAGUGGGCGAGAGGCCACAUCAGGUACGGGGUCUUGCACAUCCAUGGCCUGUACACGGACCCCUGUGGGCUGGUGCUGGACCCGUCGGGGUACAAAGACGUCACUCAAGACCCGGAAGUGAUGGAAGUCCUGCAGAACCUGUACCGCACCAAGUCCUUCCUGUUCAUGGGCUGCGGGGAGACCCUGCGCGACCAGAUCUUCCAGGCGCUCUUCCUGUACUCGGUGCCCAACAAGGUGGACCUGGAGCACUACAUGCUGGUGCUCAAGGACAAUGAGGAGCACUUCUUCAAGCAGCAGGCUGACAUGCUGCUGCACGGCAUCAAGGUGGUGUCCUACGGGGACUGCUUCGCCCACUUCCCGGGCUACGUGCAGGAGCUGGCCACGCAGAUCUGCAGGCAGUCCAGUCCAGAUGCUGAGCGCGUGGACAGCACCACGUUAUUGGGUAAUGCGUGUCAGGACUGUGCAAAGAGGAAGUUAGAAGAGAACGGAAUUGAAGUGUCCAAAAAGCUCCGGCAGUCAGACAGUGGUACGAUGAUGCUGGAGGGUCCUGAGCUCUGUGAAACCCAUCAGACCUGAGACUUGAAGACCAGCCUUGCCACCACAGUGCCACGACCCGGCACGUGGUCUCAGCCUGGGGCUGCC